UAUUUCACUUCUGCACUAGCAAAAACCUACACUUUCAAAAUGAAGAGUUUUGGAGUUUUGUCUUUAUUAUUGUGUGUUUUGGCUUUUGUCAGCGCUAAAGACAGUGAUGUUUCAUCUGCCGAAGAGAAUUUGAGAGAGCUCGCAAAAGCUCUUAACGACAAAAUGAAUACUACAAUACUUCUGGACAUCAUCACAAUGGGGGACAAAAUCAAAGAAAAAUGCCCAGAUAUUGAAGACAAAAUUGAGCAUACCAUGGAUAGAGUUGGCGAAUGCGUUGAAGCCGUCGAUCUUGGUUCCGACACUUUCUGUUCCCUCAUCAGGAAAAAUUUCGUUAAAUGUAUGAAACCUGCAAAGGAGCUUAUCACUGGUUGUAUGCCCCAAGAAUCGAAGGACAUUCCUGAAAUGAUCGAAAAAAUGAUGAUGGCUAUGAUCGAUCAAGCUUGUAGCUCUACCGUCGAAGAAAUGUUGGAAAUGCUUAACCCAUGUAAGAUGGAAAAGGACCCCCAAACCUUCCCAGCAUGCAAAGAAGUUAUGACUACAAUGGAACAGUACAAAAACAAACUCCCAUCCAAGGCUAUGAUUUGUCAGACCAUGCCGAAAAUGCGAAUGUGUAUGAAAGCAGUAUUGGACGCCUCUUGUCCUAACCAAAUAACCAAGAACGCUCACAUGAAAAUGCAAGACGCUAUAGACAAGGCUAUGAAGGAUGACUGCGAUGCCUUAAACGCAGCUUAAUUAGUAAAAUAAAUAUAUUUUUUGAGAGUACCAAUACUAAAUAAUUGUACAUAAAUAAAUGUUUUUUUUCGC